UAGACUAGCAAAUAAUAAAUUAUCAUACAUGAAGGAACUAUUAACGCAGCAGCGUUAAACAAUUCAUCAAGCGGUUUGAAUUAGCUUGCCGCGCUCUGGUGCUGGCGAUGCGAGCCCCGACACGGCUCAUAUUCUCCACGCACCCGUCUCUUCAUCUUCCCCACCCGACCCUCGAGUCCUUCAUCUGGAACUCCCUCAUCCGAGCCCACGCCAAAUCUGCUGUUCAUCCUUCCAACACCCCAAUCUCCAUCUUCCUCCGUAUGCGCUUCCACUGUGUCAAACCCGAUUUCCACACCUUCCCCUUCCUUCUCCAUUCCUUCUCUUCUCCAUCUCACCUCCUUUCGGGACAAACCAUUCACGCACAAAUUCUCCAUUUCGGGCUCGCCUGCGACCCUUUUGUCCAAACAUCUCUCAUCAACAUGUACACUUCUUGUGGUGAGUUGGGUUUCGCCCGCCGACUGUUUGAUGAGAUCCCCCAACCUGAUUUGCCCUCUUGGAAUUCGAUCAUAUCUGCAAAUGCGAAACUGGGUUCGAUCGAUUCUGCUCGGCGCUUGUUUGAUGAUAUGCCUGAACGAAAUGUGAUUUCUUGGAGUUGUAUGAUCAAUGGGUAUGUGAGGUACGGGAAAUACAAAGAAGCGCUUGCGUUGUUUCGGGAGAUGCAAGCAUUGGAAGUUGAGGAUGUUAUGCCUAAUGAGUUUACGCUGUCCAGUGUUCUUUCGGCUUGUGGGCGUUUAGGUGCACUCGAACAUGGGAAGUGGGCUCAUGCUUAUAUUGACAAAAGUGGGAUGGAAGUUGAUGUUGUCCUGGGGACUUCUUUGAUAGACAUGUAUGCAAAAUGUGGAAGCAUUGAAAGGGCAAGGUGGGUGUUUUCCAAAUUGGGUCCUAACAAGGAUGUGAUGGCUUGGAGUGCCAUGAUCUCAGGUCUGGCUAUGCACGGGCAACCCAUAGAAUGCUUUAAUUUAUUCUCAAAGAUGACAAAUCAUGGCACAAGGCCAAAUGGUGUUACAUUUUUAGGCAUUCUUUGUGCUUGUGUACAUGGUGGUUUGGUAAGUGAAGGAGAGGAAUACUUCAACAGAAUGAGUGAGGAAUUUGGUAUUACCCCUAUGAUACAACACUACGGUUGCAUGGUUGAUCUUUUUGGGAGAGCUGGUCUUGUAAAGGAGGCUUGGGAUGUUAUAAAAUCUAUGCCUAUGGAGCCUGAUGUGCUUGUGUGGGGUGCUCUUUUGAGCGGAUCUAGAAUGCAAGGGGACAUCCAAACAUGUGAGGUUGCACUCAAAAAACUGAUUGAAUUGGAACCCUCAAAUAGUGCAGCGUAUGUGCUUUUAUCAAAUGUAUAUGCGAAGAUGAGUUUGUGGAAGGAUGUAAGGUAUGUGAGAGAUCUUAUGGAGGCAAAGGGGAUCAAGAAAGUUCCUGGCUGCAGCUUGGUCGAGGUUGAGGGUGUUCUUCAUGAGUUUUUUGUGGGUGAUGAGUCUCAUCCAGAGACGAGAGAAAUAUAUAUGAUGCUUGAAGAGAUUUUGAGGAGGCUGAAGAUGGAAGGUUAUAUAGGAAACACAAAGGAGGUUUUGCUUGACUUGGAUGAGGAAGGAAAGGAAUUGGCACUAUCAUUUCAUAGUGAAAAAUUGGCUGUCGCAUUUGCCAUUUUAAAGACAGAAAAAUGUUACAGGCUUUGUCUUCUAGUGGAUACAGCCAUAGCAGCUGCUGAAACAAUGGGCUUGGCUGCUCACCAGAGCCAGAGUCGUGCUCCGGUAGUGAAUGGAUCACAAGGAUGUGAUGUGAAGCAUAAACCACGCACGAUGAUGCAACUAAUGGAGGUAACUGCAACCUAGAAAAACAUUCAUUGAAGGUAACAGCUGUUUGAGGCAAUGAGGGGCCACAGUGGUAGGGGCAGGAUUUAGCUCCUCGCACAAUGAAACUAGCAAAGAAUCCAUGAACACAGAAUCCAUAAACACGAGCUUUCUAGUUUCUACUCAUGGGUUUUCUUUCUUUUUGUGCUGGGACUAUUACGUUAAUAUUUUGUUGGGCUUUGUGGGGCCUAAUUGUGUUUGAUCCGGAUGAUGACCCGAUCCAAAAUAAUGAUGUGUGGUUUUUGUUAUUGAGAGAUUUUUU